AUGAGGAGCCUGGCAGCUGAUCCUUCCAGAUACAUGCAGAGCUUUGAGCAGCGGUUGGCGAAUUCCCCUGAACACCAGCUCACGAAGGAAUUCAUCCAUACAACACUCAAAAACAUCCUGGCCAACAUCGGAGAAGGAGAACCCACUCUGAAUGUGAUGGGCUUGGGAAGUGGAACAGGUGAGCUUGAUCUGGAAAUUCUCAAAGUGCUGCAUGAAACACAUCCAGAUGCCAGAGUGGAGAACGAGAUAGUGGAACCCAGCAAUGACAUGCUUAACAAAUACAAGGCGUUAUUAUCAAAGACGCCAGGCCUUGAUUACGUCACCUUCAGGUGGAAUAAAAUGACAACAACAGAGUUCGAGAACGAGUGGAAGAAGAGAAACUCUGGGAAGAUGAGUCACUUCAUUAGCAUGAUUGAGAUGUUGUACUAUGUGGAGGAUCCGUUUGCGACACUUUCCUUCUACCAGAGUUUACUGCACAAAGAUGGCAAAGUGCUCGUCAUUCUGCACCCCGGUGAAAGUGUAUGGAUGAGGUUCAGGAAUGCCUACAAAGAUCAGCUGAUCACAGACAUAAUUAACAACAAUAUUACAAGCGGAGACAUCAAGAGUUUCCUGGAUUCCAAAAAAAUCCCCUACCAAAACUACAAGUUCCAGUCUCCAGUGGACAUCACCAAGUGUUUCACACCUGGAGAUGAAGAAGGAGAGCUGUUCCUGGACCUCCUGACCAUGGUGAUCGAUUUCAAGAAGACCGCACCUCCAGAGCUGAAGGAUGGAGUGUUGGAGUUUCUCAAACAUCCAGACAACAGCCAAGAAGUGAACGGCAGGAUCCUGUUGGAUUGCAGCUUUGAGGCUUUAGUGAUCAGUGCUUAGAUCCAGUUAUAUUGUUAGUGUCCUGUUACAUUAUCUGGAAUGUGCGAGAAGUUAGAAUGAAUGAAUAACCACUCCUGAUUUGAUGACAGGUCACUGGAGCGUUCCUCAGAGUUCAAACUCUGUGCCGUUACUCCACAUUAAUGCCCUCAUCGGGAUGGAUUUCCUCCUGUCCUCCUUAC